AUGGAGGCUCCGCGCUUGGCGCACACCAUGAGCAGCCCUACUAGCCCCUGCGAGGAGGUGAUCAAGAACCUGAGCCUGGAGGCAAUUCAGCUCUGCGAUAGGGACGGGAAUAAAUCACAAGAUAGUGGGAUUGCAGAGAUGGAGGAACUUCCAGUUCCACACAACAUCAAAAUAAGUAACAUCACAUGUGAUUCCUUCAAGAUUUGUUGGGACAUGGAUGCUAAAUCCAAGGACCGCAUUACUCAUUACUUCAUCGAUCUCAACAAGAAAGAAAACAAGAAUUCCAACAAAUUUAAGCACAAGGAUGUACCCACUAAACUGGUGGCCAAAGCUGUUCCUUUGCCUAUGACAGUCCGCGGGCACUGGUUCCUGAGCCCAAGAACAGAGUAUACAGUGGCAGUGCAGACAGCAUCAAAGCAAGUCGAUGGGGAUUAUGUUGUUUCUGAGUGGAGUGAAAUCAUUGAGUUCUGCACAGCAGAUUAUUCAAAAGUUCACCUAACACAGCUAUUGGAAAAAGCUGAAGUGAUUGCAGGCCGUAUGCUCAAACUGUCUGUUUUUUAUCGGAAUCAGCACAAAGAAUACUUUGACUAUGUCAGAGAGCACCACGGGAAUGCUAUGCAGCCCUCUGUUAAGGAUAACAGUGGCAGCCAUGGCUCUCCGAUCAGUGGGAAGCUGGAAGGCAUCUUCUUUAGCUGCAACACUGAGUUUAACACUGGGAAGCCACCACAAGAUUCACCUUAUGGAAGAUACAGGUUUGAGAUUGCAGCUGAAAAACUCUUCAACCCAAAUACUAACUUAUACUUUGGAGACUUCUACUGCAUGUACACAGCCUACCACUAUGUCAUUCUUGUCAUUGCCCCCGUUGGGUCGCCAGGAGACGAAUUCUGUAAGCAGCGCCUUCCUCAGCUAAAUAUAAAAGAUAAUAAAUUUCUGACCUGCGAUGAAGAAGAUGGUGUCAUGGUUUACCAUCAUGCCCAGGAUGUUAUUUUGGAAGUAAUUUACACUGAUCCUGUGGAUCUCUCCCUCGGCACAGUUGCAGAAAUUACUGGUCACCAACUAAUGAGCUUGUCUACUGCAAAUGCAAAGAAAGAUCCCAGCUGCAAGACCUGCAAUAUCAGUGUUGGACGUUAA